AUGGCUCCUCCCAAGAAAGGCAAAGAGCCUCAGCCUAAGAAGGCGACCAAGACGGUUGAGGACAGAACUUUUGGUAUGAAGAACAAGAAGGGUGGUGCUGCUCAGAGGGAAAUUGGACGUAUGCAGGCAAACCUCAAGAAUGGUGGUACAGCCGAAGAAAAGAAGAAACAAGCCGAGAAGGCGGCCCGAGAGCGUGAGAAGAAGGCGGCUGAGGAUGCCAAGAGGGACAUGGAAGCCAUGAUCAACAGGCCAGCUCAAAUUCAGAAGGUGCCUUUCGGAGUCGAUCCCAAGACGGUUGUGUGUAUCUUCUACAAGAAGGGCAACUGUGAAAAGGGCAAGAAGUGCAAGUUCUCGCAUGACCUUUCCGUCGAGCGCAAGACAGAGAAGAAGAACCUGUACACCGAUAAACGAGGAGAGGAAGAAGAAACGAAGAAGGUUGAGACUUCAGCAGAUUGGGACGAAGAUAAGCUCCGAAGCGUUGUCUUGUCCAAGAAGGGCAACCAGCAGACCACCACCGACAAAGUAUGCAAAUUCUUUAUCGAGGCCAUUGAGGAUGGCAAGUAUGGUUGGUUCUGGAUUUGCCCCAAUGGAGGCGAUAAGUGCAAGUACAAGCACGCUCUUCCACCUGGAUUUGUUCUCAAGACCAAGGAACAGAGAGCAGCAGAGAAGGCGCUCAUGGAUAAAUCACCGCUUAAGACUCUGACACUUGAAGAUUUCCUGGAAUCUGAACGACAUAAGUUGACAGGAACCCUUACACCUGUGACACCUGAGUCGUUCGCCAAGUGGAAGAAGGAUCGACUGGACAAGAAGGCUGCUGAGGAGCAGGCACGAAAUGCCAAGGAGAACACUGGUCGUGCCAUGUUCGAGAGCGGAAAAUGGAGGGAUGAAGACGACUCUGACUCGGAAGACGACGAUGAUGUCUGGAAUCUGCAAAAGCUUCGCGAGGAGACGGAAAUUAUUCGUUCAAAGAAGGAGGAGGAACGCCUUAUGGGAAGCUAUGAGACUCCCAACAACGGCACUACGGGCCAGGCGACGCCGGCGGAAGAUACGCCAGCGGAGGAGGCCUCGGGCUCUUGA